AUGCAUGCGCCCACUCACAGCCAACUCACACAGCUAGACCGCCCACGCACCACCCACUCGACCAGCGGCAGCGAGACUGCCACCGCGACAGGCCACUCGCCUCGGAUUGAUCGUCGCACCCCUUCGCACUGGGACACUCGCGAGGAGGAGCGGGACGAGGGUGGGCGUGCUCAGGAGACAGUGAUACGGCGCUCGAGACGUUGCGCGGCGUGCGGAGGGCGCGUGAGGAGCGCGAGUGCUGAACUCGACGACGAUGGAACCAGCGACGGGUUCGGAGGUUCGAAGCGGGCGACGAAGCGGUCGAGGCGGGCCGGCGGGGCACUCAUGAUGGCUCUCGGGACACUGGGACUGCUUUGCGCGCCGACCGGCGCACAGGCGGGCCCGCUACCGCUCGAGACGGCGCCCUCGCUGCUCUCCUCUCGUCCCGCCUCGACCUUCGAUUCUCGUCCCACCUCGCCAACUACGACUCCGACGCCACGACCUCGGCCUACACUCCGCCGACGCAUCGUGCCGAUGCUGAGUUGGUCGGAUGGAGACUGGGUCGAGGACUAUGGCUGGACGAGGUGGGGGUUGAAGCCGACCUCGACGCCCGCUGUCGAGGGCGAGGACGAAGAGGGGCACGUGACGGAUGGAGACGGGGAUGCAGAGCUGCAGUAUGCGCCUGCGACGGCUAUGGGCGAUGCCGUAGCCUCGACGACAUCCUCUUCCGCCCUCUCCGCCGCCUCCGCCUCCGCCACUCCUUCACCAACCGCGACCUCCACCCCCUCCUCAACCCCAACUCUCCCCUUCCGCGCGCGCUACUCCGCCAGAAUCCCCCCAGGCUGGACUCCCCAAGAGCGCGAAACAAACUACUACGCCGUGCCGAUAAUCAUCGCCAUGAGUGUUCUCGUCGCCGUGAUUGUGGUCGCGAGUAUCGUCAUUAGUGUGGUUGUGAGACGGAGGAAGAAGAGGAGGAGGGAGAAGAGGAGGGAGAGGAGGAGGGCGAGGAAGGAGGGCGCUGGCGGAGGGGAGGGCGAGCCGGUGGAGGAGGAGAAGCAGCCGCAGACGAGGGAGAGGGAGAAGGGCUGGAGGGGCGUUGUCGGGCGCGUCGAGGAUGGGUUGCGGAGGCGGAACAAGGGGAAGAAGAAGGCUCGGCAGGAGGGCGGCGAGCGGGAGGACGACGGCGGCGAGGAGGCGCCACCCGCAUCGGCUCGCCGGCGCAUCGUGCGCACGACGGGCUUCGCAGCGGGCGAUCGCGUCCGACCUCGGCGACGACGGAGACGAGCGGCUGGCGGUGGCGACGACGACGAAGACGACGAGGGGACGGCGCUCACCCGCACCGGCACAUCGUCGACCACCUCGUCUAUCGUCAACGAUACCCUCACAGCGCGAGUGGCGGCUCGUCUGCGUCGGCAGGACUCGGCAGGUAGCGCGGCGAGACGCAGCGGCGGGGUGGGAACGACGACCGUCUUCUCGCGGGACGUCAACGCCCAGUCUGCGGUGUCGCUCACCGCGUCCGCACUGAGUCGAGUCUCGUCGCGCGACUCAGGGUCGUCGAGGCGGCUCCCAGCGUCGUCCGCCGGCGCCGAUCAGCCUACCAUCCUCUUCACUCCCGCCGACGACGCCACCCUCCCUGCGCACCUUCCCCUGCCCGGCACAUCCGCCCCGCCUUCGCCCAGUCUCUCGCACGCACUCACACCCGCCCUCUCCCGCACGCUACAACCUCAACCUCCCAUCCCCUCUUCUCCGCCCACCCCGACCGCAAGUCCAGCAACGACAGACCCCUCCACCUCAGCCUUCUACCGCUCCCUCAUCGUCUCAGACGACUCGCUCCCCGCGCCUGGUCCACCAGCGUACAGACCUUCCGGCUCGACUGUCCAAGCGACGAGGCGGUUUGGAGCGGGCGAUGCGGGUGCUGGGGUGGGUCAGCACGGACGAGUUCGGCGCGUGUUUGGGAGGAGGGAAAGAGAGAGGAGCGGAGGGGCGAGAGAGGAGGACGAGGGAGAGUGGUAUUGGCCUGGUGAGAAAGGUCGGAUGCCUUUCGUCGCUGGCGAGUCGUCGACUUCCGCCACCGCCCUGGCUGCUCCGCCCGAAUCGGCGCCCGCCUCGACAGUACCCGAUGAGGACGACCUACCCGUCGACCGGUCGCUCUUCACAGCCCAUGUUGCGACAGACGACAAGGCCGUCUUGGCGCGCUUACGGGCUCAGAGGGACGUCGUGCUCGUCGACGAGGGAGCAGGCGCGGUGGCUGGUCCGUCGGGUGCCUUGCCUGAGCCGAGCGCGCCGACGCCCGAGGAGGACGAGGAUCCGGAAGUCGAUGCGGACGGAUUCGAGCGGUACGACCUCGCUGAAGUCGGUGCAUCCCCCUUCGAGGGCGACUUGACACCCGUCGCGUCCUCAUCUUCGACGCUCCUCCCUGCUCCGCCGCAAAGAGUCCACCAACCCUCGCUCGGCGCCAGGUCAGGCAGUUCCAUCCCGCUCCUCUCCUCCACCUCGACCGCCUCGACUCCGCUCAACUCGCCCUUUCUCCCGCCUUCGUCGUCGUCGACAGAGAAGGCGGCGCUGGCGGACUCGUAUGCCGCAGCGGAAGAGGGCGAGGACGAUGCGUUACCGCUCUACCUUGCGGGCAGCGGACAAAGCGGUGCGCGGGAGGCGUUGGCAAUGGCUAGUGCUCCACCGGGCUCGGACGAGGAUGAAGACGAGGAGGGCUGGGCGAGGGAAGUCGUGCGGAUUGAGGGAGGGAGGGAGGAGGAGGGAAUCGUCUAG